AUGUGUAUGGCCAUGUUCUCUACCGCCCUCUCCGUCGGACUCAUCCCGUUGUGGUUUUCCUUCUAUGCCAGUAACUGGACACAUGAGUAUUUCGUCAUCCCCACACCACUUGACCUCGCCUUGGCCGAGCUGUUGUUAGUCGUACCUACUAUCCUGGGUGUGCUGUACCAGAAGAAGUACGGAAAAGUCAAGGGAAGGCUGAUGGCAAAGGUAGGCUUCAAUGCCUUCUGGAUCGCCGCCGUCACCACCCCUGUCCUAAAUGGCAUCACCAACCCCGAAUAUUACAUGGUGGACUGGCAAAUCUGGGUUGGCACCGUAUCCUUACCACCGAUCGGCUUUGUAUGCGGGAUCGUAAUUGCUCUCAUCGCUAGCCUCCCGUUCAAUGUCUGCUGCGCGGUCUCGCUCGCCGUCGGUAUGCCGAAUGUCUACUUCGCCAGCCAGCUCUCGGAGAGGUACCUCUCAGAGAACGAAGAGACCCUGAAAGACGUGCGUGGUAUCUUGACUAUAUUCAGCCUCGUGACGCCUUUGGAAGGCUUCAUUUGGGCGAUCAUGUAUCGUUACAUCGAGGGGAUGUUCCUGAAAAUCUCGCACAAGUGCUGCAGAUGUUCUGACGACGAUCCCGAUCAUGGCCAGGACAACAGAAGAUUGUUAAUGGACGCAGAGGAACCUGAGGCCCGUCUCUCGAAACCGUCACGAGUCUCAUUUCUUGACUGUUAA